AUGGACUGCCUGUGUGGAAAGAGAAAGACUCCGGAGCAGAUGGUGCGGCGGAACCAGCGAGCCCUCGCGCGCGCCAUGAGAGACCUGGAGCGCGAGAGACAGACGCUGCAGACGCAGGAGAAGAAGAUCGUCGCUGAGAUCAAGAAGAUGGCCAAAGCCGGCCACAUGGACGCCGUCAAGAUCAUGGCCAAGGACCUGGUGCGCACGCGUCGCCACAUCAAAAAGUUCAUCGUGAUGCGAGCCAACAUCCAGGCCGUGUCCUUCAAGAUGCACACGCUCAAGUCCAACGGCGCGAUGGCCCAGGCCAUGAAGGGCGUCACCAGGGCCAUGGCCGCCAUGAACCAGCAGCUCACGCUUCCGCAGGUCCACAAGAUCAUGAUGGAGUUUGAGGAGCAGUCGGAGAUCACGGACGUGAAGGAGGAGGUGAUGAACGACGCCAUCGACGACGCCGUGGGCGAUGAGGGCGACGAGGAGGAGGAGGAGAGUGAUGCCAUCGUCAGCCAGGUGCUGGACGAGCUGGGACUCGGCCUCACGGACAAACUCUCGACUCUGCCAGCCACGGGCGGCUCGCUCAGCGUGUCCGCAGACAAGAUGGCCGCAGGCAAGAUGGCCGCUGCCGACCUCGACGUGCGACUCAACGACCUGCAGUGUGAUUAG